AAACGCGACUCCACACGGCGGAAACACCAUUUCCCGUUUCCCAGCGAAGCAAACGCAAAUCCCAAUCCCAAUCUCAAUCCCUGCUCCGAUUCCUCUUCUCCCUUUCGCUCCGUCGUGCGCUCGCGUGCGUCCCCAACUUUCCCAUCCUCCUCUCGCCGAUCUUGCCUCGCCUCGCCUCGCCUCGCCAUGCGCAGCUCCUCCGCCGCCGCGCAGCCCGCGCCUGCCGCGGCCGCGGCCAUGUACGGCUCCUACGCGGCGGCGCCCGCCUCAUCCGGAGGGUACGCCAAGAUCCCCACCUACCCGCCACCUCCGUCGGCCUACCCCGCGCCGGUGGCGGCACAGCCCGUGGCGCAGGGGGCGGUUGUGCAUGACCCGACGGCGCCGCCGUCGCCGAUCGCGAAGGCGGCGGAGCUGGUGACGAGGUUCCGGGAGCAGGGGCAGGCGCUCAUCGCGGCGCGGCGGCCGUGGGGGGAGGUGUUCCGGGCGCCGGCCUUCUCCAAGCCGCCCAGCGUCGGGGAGGCCGUCGCCAGGGCGCGGCGGAACGUGGCCUAUUUCCGGGCGAACUACGCGCUCUCCGUGCUCGCCGUCGUCGCCGCGUCGCUGCUCUGGCACCCCGGCACGCUCUUCGCGCUCCUCGCCCUCUGCGCCGCCUGGUUCUUCCUCUACUUCGCGCGCCCCGCGUCGUCGGCGGGCCAGCCGCUCCGCCUCUUCGGGAUGGAGUUCGAGGACGGCACCGUCCUCGCCGCCCUCACCGGCGUCACCGUCAUCGCGCUGCUCUUCACCAACGUCGGCUGGAACGUCAUCGGCUCGGUCAUGAUCGGGGCCGCCCUCGUCGGCGCGCACGCCACGCUCCGCUCCACCGACGACCUGUUCUUGACCGAGCAGGAGGCGGCCGGUGACGGCCUGGUGGCUGCCGGCAUGAGCGCGGCCGGCCCAAUCUUGCCCACCUACGUUCGCAUCGGUUGAUCCCGUCGGCUUGGUAUGAUGAUCUCCCAUGACGCACAAAUUCUUCUUUAUCAAACACUUGCAGCUAAUUGGUGUUCUUGUCUUGAAAUUAGCUAUGAGUGAUUAUUUCUGUCAUGUGCUGGCUCAAAUUUUACUAUGUAAUUAUCAGACCUAGCUAUUGAAUUUGAUCAUGAUGUGAUAUAUGGUGAAGUGUUUGUUGAUUCUUUAGAUAGCGUGUAAAAAUAUUAGGUUUGCUUCUGAUCAUACUCCCUCCAUAUCUUUUUAUAUGACACCGUUGAU